CACAAGCUCCACAAAGGUCUGGUCAUGCGCUGGGCGGCUAUUUAAGACGCAAGGAGAAAAAGGGCCGAUUCUUGUGCGGGGGGGGACCACAUUUCUCCAGACAGUGGAGCAGCAUGUACAAUCAGAGCAUGUGGAGAGAAGCUCUCCUGGUGGUGACCUUGUGUGCCGGUCUAGCUCUGGCGCAGUUCCCCCGGGAGUGCGUGACCCCCGAGGGUCUGCGCAGCGGCCAGUGCUGCCCGUCCCCGACGGGGGCGUCCGGGGAUGAGUGCGGCUCCAGCACGGGGAGAGGGCAGUGCGUGGCCAUCGCAGCUGACAACCGCCGCCACGGGCCCCAGUACCCUUACUCUGGACGGGACGACAGGGAGAGGUGGCCCUUGCGAUUCUUCAACCGCACCUGCCAGUGCAAUGGGAAUUUCAGCGGCUACAACUGCGGGCAGUGCAAACACGGACUGACUGGAGCAGACUGCGAUCAGAGAGUCUCUGUGGUAAGGAGGAAUAUCAUGCAGAUGACUGCAGCUGAGAAGCAGGCAUUUGUGGAUGCCUUGAACCAGGCCAAGAGCACGGUGCACCCCGACCUGGUGAUCUGCACGAGGAGGUAUCAGGAGGUGUUGGGCCCCGAUGGCAACAGCACGCAGUUUGAGAACAUCACCAUUUAUAACUAUUUUGUUUGGAGCCACUACUAUUCCGUCAGUAAAACCUACCUGGGGCCGGGCCAGGUCAGCUUCGGAGGCGUCGAUUUCUCCCACGAGGGCCCGGGUUUUGUCACCUGGCACCGUUUUCAUCUGCUGCAACUGGAGAGAGACAUGCAGAACAUGCUGGGAGACCCUUCCUUUGCCCUGCCAUACUGGAACUUUGCCAUCGGAGGCAGCGAAUGCGACAUCUGCACGGACGACCUGAUGGGAGCCAGGAGCGCCUUCGACAUGAACUCUAUCAGCCCCAACUCCGUGUUCUCUCAGUGGAGGGUCAUCUGCGAGAGCGUGGAGGACUACGACACCUUGGGCACCAUCUGCAACAGUUCAGAGAGCAGCCCCAUCAGGAGAAACCCGGCGGGCAACGUGGCGCGCCCCAUGGUUCAGAGGCUGCCGGAGCCCCAGGACGUCCUGGAAUGUCUGGAGCUAAACACCUUCGACACUCCUCCUUAUUACUCCACCUCGUCAGAGAGCUUCAGGAACAGCAUUGAAGGGUACAGCGCCCCCCAGGGGAUGUACGACCCAGUCAUCCGCAGCCUCCACAACCUGGCCCAUCUCUUCCUCAAUGGGACGGGAGGUCAGACUCACCUGUCUCCAAACGACCCCAUCUUUGUGUUGCUGCACACCUUCACGGAUGCGGUCUUCGAUGAGUGGCUUCGCAGACACCAACCAGGUGAGGUGGUUUACCCCGAGGAGAAUGCUCCUAUUGGGCACAACCGCAGGUUCAACAUGGUUCCUUUUUGGCCUCCGGUCACAAAUGCGGAAAUGUUUGUCAGCGCCCCUGAGAGUCUGGGAUACUCAUACGAAGUCCAGUGGCCAGCCCGUCCCCUAACUCUGUCUGAAAUAAUCACUGUGGCUGUGGUGGCGGCAGUGGUGGUUGUGGCGGCGUUGGGGGGCCUCAUCGCCUGCGUGGUCCGAGCUCGUUCCCACCACUCGGCUGAGGCCCUGCAGCCGCUGCUGGGGGAAACCUUCCGGAGCUACUCAGAGGAUGACAGGAGGUUGGAUAAGUCGCAGUCUGUCGUCUGAUCCCCCACGCUUCCCUGGAAGGGAGCUUGAGAUUUUUGUUUUCUAAUUCAUCGGUUUCUUCUAAUAAAGUUGAACUGGUUUCAAAACCUCAA